AUGGAGAGACUCUCAUCUCAGCCCCCAACUUACGGAAACCUAAUCACCAUUCUCAGCAUUGAUGGAGGUGGUAUCAGAGGGAUCAUCCCUGGCACUAUCCUUGCUUACCUUGAGUCCCAACUUCAGGAGUUGGAUGGUGAGGAUGCAAGACUUGCAGAUUACUUUGACGUGAUUGCAGGAACCAGUACUGGUGGCCUUGUGACUGCCAUGUUAACAGCUCCAGAUGAAAAUAAUCGUCCUAUAUUUGCUGCUAAAGAUAUCAAGCCCUUUUAUGUCGAAAAUUGUCCAAAAAUUUUUCCACAGAAAAGGUAA